AUGCGCGCCGUGGUAGUGAUAGCACGUGCUGCGCUAGGGCCAGAGGAACACUGCAAAAAUAGCCUCUACGAGGCUACAAGGACUACAAGUCCUACAGUGCGCUGCGUAUCUGAGAAGGAUGGGGAAUAUGAGAUGUUAUAUUCUGAGGGGCCAGCUAAGUUCAUGCAAGCCAUGUUAAAUCGUUUGACUUACCUUAGGAACAAAUACAAGAAGCUUCAUGGUCGCUUCUCCAAGACCAGUAUGGAUAUUGACCCGUCUCAACCUAACACUAGCAAUAAUCUUCUUGAGCAAGUAAUCUCAGAGUUUCCGUGGUAUGAGGUACUCAAUGGCAUCUGGAAGAACAACCCCACAUAUGCCCCCAAGACAUUCUUGUCUGCUCCAGGGGCAGAUCAUGCAAGUGAUAUGAUUGCGCUCACAUUGAAGUGCAAGGGUAAACAGGUAUACAUCCCCCCUUCUGAAGCUGAAGAUGAGACAAUGGAGACGACUGAUGACCCUUCUCCCGCCGUCAAUCCUACCCCGCCGUCCAUCCUUCCCCCACCAUCCAUCCUUACCCUGCUGUCCAUCUGA